GGGUGUACGUGCUUACGUCAUCACGCAUACAACGAAGCCACGUCCACAAUCAAACCGGAGGAGCAGGAAGUCUUCCCAAUGCCAACGCUACAUUUGUAAUUCUCUGCAAGCAAACAUGUCUGCCCUGUUUCCUGAAGUAACCAAACUCUCCAGUCUGCACCCAAAGCCUCGCGGUCUGGUUCUACAGUAUGGCACAGCUGGAUUCAGGACCAAUGCCAAAGUCUUGGACCACAUCAUGUUCAGGAUGGGACUGCUGGCCACACUGCGCUCCAAGAAAACUAAAGCCACCAUUGGAGUUAUGGUUACAGCAUCACACAACCCAGAGGAGGAUAAUGGUGUGAAGCUGGUUGACCCAAUGGGAGAGAUGGUUACUCCAACUUGGGAGGGCUAUGCUACACAACUGGCCAAUGCUGAAAAUGAAGACUUACUCACAGCUUUGAAGGACAUAAUAGCAAAGGAGGAAAUAAACAUGAGCCAAGAAGCAAAUGUUUUUGUGGGCAGGGACACCAGGAGCAGCAGUGCCAGUCUGUCAAAAGCUGUCCUGGAGGGCGUCUCUUCUCUUGGUGGUCUCAGUAAAGACUAUGGCCUGGUUACGACUCCACAGCUUCAUUACAUGGUUUGCUGCCAAAAUACUCAAGGGAAAUACGGAAAAGCUACAGUGGAAGGCUACUACAAGAAGCUUUGUCAGGCAUUCAUAAAGCUCAUCAAGAAUGCAUCAAACUGCACUGACGACCAGAAGCAUCUUUCCUUGGAUGGUGCUAAUGGGAUUGGAGCUUUGAAGGUUAGGGAGAUGGAGAGUCACUUAGCCAAAGAGCUACAGAUCUCUCUGUAUAAUGACGGCAGCAAUGGGAAGCUGAAUUAUCAAUGUGGAGCAGAUUUUGUGAAAGUACAGCAGAAAGCUCCAACAGGAUUUGAGAUUAAACCUGGGGAACGCUGCUGUUCUUUUGAUGGUGAUGCUGACCGCAUUGUUUACUACUACAGUGACUCUGAAGGACAGUUCCACUUGCUGGAUGGAGAUAAAAUAGCAACACUUAUCAGCACUUUUCUAAAAGAACUGCUCACACAGGCAGGCCUGAAUUUGAAUAUGGCAGUAGUGCAAACUGCGUAUGCUAAUGGAAGCUCAACAAGGUAUCUUGAAGAAACUAUGAAGUUAACUGUAAAAUGCACUAAAACUGGGGUCAAACAUCUCCACCAUGUAGCACAGGAGUUUGACAUAGGCGUGUACUUUGAAGCUAAUGGCCAUGGAACAGUGCUCUUCAGUAAAUCUGCAGAAGACAAAAUCCAGCAGCUCAUUGACAAUCCAAACAGUGAUGAUGAAAAUAAGAGAGCAGCUCUCCUGCUUCAGAACACCAUUAAUGUUAUCAAUCAGACUGUAGGAGAUGCCAUCUCUGACAUGCUGCUAAUUGAAGCCAUAUUGGCCAUCAAAGGAAUGACAGUCCAGCAGUGGGAUGCGAUCUACACUGAUCUACCAAACAGGCAGCUAAAAGUUAAGGUUGCAGACCGUAGAGUAAUUGACACAACAGAUGCAGAGAGGCGAGUAGUGAGCCCGGCAGGUUUGCAGGAUGCCAUUGAUGCCUUGGUGAACAAGUAUAGUCUGGCACGCUCUUUCGUCAGACCCUCUGGCACUGAAGACGUGGUCAGAGUCUAUGCAGAGGCAGACACUCAGGAGAGCACUGAUACCCUUGCACAUGAAGUAAGUUUGGCAGUCUACCGUCUCGCUGGAGGUGUGGGUGAUGAACCAAAGCCAUUGCACUAGAAGUAAAUAAUUCAAAUUCAAAUUGGUGCUUAUUGCAAAUCUACAUAUCAUAACACAUCAUAUCGUUGUAUUUAAGCCUUUUCUGAAGUGCCACAUUAUUAAUGGCAUAAGAUCUAACAUUCUCAGAGAUAUAAGAUUCACUUUUAUUAACUCAAUCAGAUGUUUACAUGUGGCAGUUGUCUUAAUUGCACUUUUGAUUGCAGAUUUGAAUAAAAAAAAUGUGAAUAAUAA